AUGGCUGCUUCUAACCAUAUAAGACGUCUGUUCGAGUCGCGGAAAGUACAGGACGCCCUUACCAGUCAAGGUACCACGUGGAAGUUCAUACCCAAGCGCGCUCCAUGGUUUGGCGGCUGGUGGGAGAGAUUAAUCGGGCUCACCAAGACAGCACUGAAGAAGACUCUUGGUCGUUCUUACGUUAACUUCGACAUGCUACAGACGGUAGUUACCGAAAUAGAAGCUGUUUUGAAUGACCGGCCACUAACGUACGUCUCUUCCGGUAUGAAUCCAGAACCACUCACACCAGCACAUCUUCUAUAUGGCAGACGCAUUAUAACAUUACCAUAUCACGACCCUAAAGAUGAAACAGUCCAAAGUUCAAUCCUUGGUGGAAACCGUAACAUUAAUAAACAAGCCAAGAUCCAGAUAAAACUGAUAAACAACUUCCGGAAACGCUGGAGACACGAAUAUCUUACUGCUAUCAGAGAGCAACAUCGUACAUCAGGGCGGAACAAACAAUCUGUAGCGGUAGGCGACGUUGAACACGUUCAUGAUGAAGUUCCACGUGCACUGGGAAGUUGGCAGUCAUAG